AAAAAAAAUCGAUUGGGUUUUGACUAUGGCUGCUUUAAACCCUAAAACUCCGACCUUUUUCUUCUUCUCCUCUGACUCUGAGUAAGUGUAGCAACAAUGGAAGAAUCUCACAUAGAAGAUGCAGAAACCCAAAACAAACUCGAAGUUGCUCCUGCAUUGAUUUCAGUUCAUCCAUCUCAGAAAUCUGUCGCUGUCGCUGUCGGGUCAGAUCUUCGUGUAUUCGAUCUUAUAGAGAAUUGUUCUGUUACUUUAGUGGAUGAAUCUGAUGGGCCUUCUUCUAAGGGUUCCAUUAGAGCUAUUCGUUAUGCUGCAUCUGGUAAGCUUUUUGUGUCUGCGGGAGAUGACAAGCUUGUUAAGAUUUGGUCUACCGAGUCUUGGAGUUGCCUAUAUACUAUAUGUUCUGAGAAGAGAGUUACUGCAGUUGCUAUAAGUAGCGAUGAUUCACAUGUUUGCUAUGCCGAUAAGUUUGGUGUUGUAUGGGUGGUCGAGUUGGAUGGGAUCAUAGAGGGUAAAGUUUUACCUAGUAAGAAGGGUGCGCAGCUGCUUUCCCACUACUGUAGUAUUAUUACUAGCCUGGAGUUUUCCCCAAAUGGUCAAUAUAUUCUUAGUGCAGACCGGGACUUUAAGAUAAGGGUGACUGUUUUCCCCAAGAAGCCUUUAGAAGGGGCACAUGAAAUUCAGAGUUUUUGUCUUGGACAUACAGAGUUCAUCACCUGCACAGCAUUUGUCAGCACUCCAGAGGUUACUCAGGGAUACCUCAUGUCUGGAAGUGGAGAUUCAACUGUUCGACUGUGGGAUAUUACAUCUGGGUCUCUUCUUGACACAUGUGAAGUUACUACAGUGGCAGGACAUGUAGAGUCCAAUGAAAGUGAGCCGCCAACCCAAGUCACAGUUACUGACAUAUGCACUAUCCCAAAUUCUUCUCUUGCAGCAGUAACAAUUCAAAGUUUUCAAGGAAUUUUUUUGUUAAGCUGUGAUAUGGCAGCACAUACUCUCUCUAUCACAAAGGUGAUUAAAAUACCUGGAGAAAGUUUCAUUCCCACAAGUAUCUCUGUAAGUGCGUCUACAAGAUUACUAUGGAUGGUAUCAGGAGCCUCAAACCUCCCUGGUUCGAACCAUCCUGGUUUUUCAAGGGUUCAGGUCAUCUCGUGCAUUGAGACCGAAUCAUCUUCAAUCCUUGGAGACGAGCAUAUUCCAGGAGGGACCAAACUGUUGGAGCAAUUGCAAGGUAAAGUUCCAAUAGAAGAGAGUGUAAUGAGUGCUGCGGCAGAAGCUGUGAGAGCAGCAAUGUCCAGCCUUUUGAUGAAGAAGCAAUACUCUGACGAGAAGAGAGAGUUCAGAAAAAGAACCAGAAACGAUAAGAAAACCACACAAUAAUUGCAUUUUGCCAAAUUUGUAUUUUUUUCUUUCUUAUUUUUCUGUCUUUCUGACUCUCUCGAUGUAUCUUUGAUCAUUAUGUAACCGUUAUAAUUUCUAUGUUACUAUUACAAAACUGUUGUCUACUUUUUUUUUUUCACAGUUAUAAACAGCUUAUCACCAUAUGCCACGAAA